ACCAAGCCCCAGCCCCAGCCCCAGCCCCCCCUCUCAGUAGUGCCCAAUCUUCUUAUGGCACAAUUGUAAUGAAUGCCAGGGAGGAGCGAGGGAUGACGACAAUGAGGAGGAAGAGCAGGACGAGACGUUGACGAUGACAAUGUUGACAAGCCGAUGAACAUAAAAGAUAUUUAUAUUGAGCAGAGCGAGAGAGAGAGAGGCAUAAGCACUCGUAUUCUGUCGGGUCGUUCUGGGAUGCAAAAUCUUGGGACUCCGGGAAGAUUUUCCAAAGGGGAUCCAGGAUCUAUUCGCUAUUAUCUCUCUCUCUCUCGACAAUCUCUCUCGGUCAUUUCCCUGAAGUGCCAGCGAUAUCCCAACCGAUUGUCAGUUCCAGAAUCGCUGGCAAAGAGAAAUCUGAAAAUUGCCAAAGAGCCAAACGGGAAGACAAUGGGUAAAAUUUCAUUACCGGACGAUGGGUGGAUGGGUGGAUGGGUGGCUGUGCAGCUCCAUUGCAAAGAUGAUGACGCUGCUGAUGGAGGCGUAAUAUGUUGGAGGAGGAGGUACUGCAGUCUUGACGGGAAUUGAAAUUGAAAAGAAAAUGAAUGAAGUGUGUCGCGAGGGGGAUUCCACGGUCCAUGGUCCAUGGGAAAUGGGAAAUGGGGAAUGAGAGUACGGCUUACUUGGCUCUGAGCUCGGAGAAGUCGUUCCACAGCUGUCCUCUUCCUUGCCAUUCUUGUUGGCUGUCAACGCGACUGUCAUGUGCCUCCCGCGCUGACAACCAAGGACUCUACUCUCUCGUUCCACUCUUGCCGCCCCCUGGCUACAUCCAUUAAUAAUAUUAUUCAUUGAAAUCGCUAGGAUUUGCACAAAAAUGCCUGCGAUGAGCUCUUGUCGCUACAUGAAAUGCAAUUGCCAAGAAAAGGACUAAACGGGCUAAGGGAGAAGGAUAGAAGGGUCUUUGUUUUUGCGGAAUCUAGUCACCCCCUCUCAAGAAUCUUUCAAUUGAGACCUUUGAUAAAAUUUUAAUUUGAUUUGAAAUUAUUGAAAUUAAUGAGGACUUGCCUUUAAAUGACAGCCUGGCCGGCAAACUAGAACGAAAACCGGCCAAGACACUAAAGGAAAAUUCUUCACAGGGCACUGCCGCCGAGCCUUAGCUCAUUUCUGCAAUCCUUAAGCGGAUUAUUCGCCAAUAAUUACAAAACCAAAGCCCAUUUAAAGUUAUUAUUCCCCGGCACCAAGGAGCAGCUGGCAAAUUCUCGCCAGAGGGCACAUUCCCAUCCGAAUACAUUGUCUUAUACAAUACUUGACGCCUGUGAAAGGCAAUGUCUGCCUGCAGAGUGGCAUUCGGUCUCCACGGCUAGUACGGUACGGUUUGCACGGACUUACAGAUGGUCGAACUGCCUAGAGAACGGGUCGGACUUGGCCUGGGCGAGAAAUGGAAGAGCUUCAUGAAGGUUUACAUGACAGUCGUGACGGUUUAUAGGAGUCCGGAUGAGAGUCCCGAGCACACAGUGCCACACCAGUGCCGAGCACAGCUAAAGUCGAUAUUAAGACGGUAUUUUGUACAUAAUGAUAACCAGAUUCGCUUUUUAGAGCCAUGGGAUACUACCCGAACUCGGAGGAAAAACGGAUUCCCGGCCGCAGGACCUGGUUUCUGUUUAUUUUCUCUCAGAUAACGAUGUUUUUCUGCUCCCAAUGCUAUGGAAUAUUCGAGUCCCUGGACGACCUUGUGGAAUGGGGUCGAGAUCUCGCAUUCAUAAUAGCGUCGUUUUUUAUCUAUUUCAAGUUUAUAUAUUUCCUGCUGUAUGCCGAUAACGUGGACGAGGUAAUCGAUGGCCUCGAGGAGUGCUACCAUUGGGAGAGAGCGGGUCCGGCGGCUGCAGGAGUGCGAUCGGCAAAACGCUUGCAUUAUCUGAUUGUCAUCGGGAUGCAAAUAAUUUGGGCGGUUUCCAUGGUCGUCUUCGUCCUGCUAUUGGUUACCACGCCCCUCUGGACACAGCAGGACCUUCCGUUGCAUGUUUCCUACCCUUUCCACUUACACGAUUCAUCAAAGCACCCCGUGACACACAUCCUCAUAUACAUAUCACAUUCUUGGAGCAUUCUGUACUUCCUUACGGGGCUCGUCUCUACCGAAGGGUUAUCGAUCAGUAUUUAUUCGCAGCUAACGACUGGAUUGACUGUCCUGUGCGUUGAGCUUCGGCAACUCCACCAGAUCUGCGAUGGAGACGAGGCUCUGCUGCGAUGGGAGAUCAAUCGUCUGGUCAAAUCUCAUCAGAAGAUUAUCAGUCUGGUGGAUCGAAGCAAUGAGGUAUUCCACGGUCCUUUAAUCAUGCAAAUGAUCGUCAACUUCUUGCUGGUCUCCCUGUCGGUCUUCGAGGCAAUGAUGGCCAGGCACGAUCCCAAGGUGGCAGGCCAGUUCAUACUUCUAAUGAUCUUGGCAUUGGGUCACCUGUCGAUGUGGACGAAAUUCGGGGACAUGAUGUCGCAGGAGUCGCUGGAAGUGGCCGAGGCUGCAUACGAUGCCUACGACCCAAGUGUUGGGUCCAAGAAAAUCGAUGGCAAUAUUCGCCUUAUAAUGUUGCGUGCCCAGGAACCAUUGAUCAUGAGAGCUACUCCCUUUCCCACUUUUAAUAUGAUUAACUACAAGGCCAUACUCAACCAGUGCUAUGGAAUCCUCACGCUUCUGCUGAAUACUUUGGACUAGAAUAAUCUUGCACUUCUGAACAAGCUUAUAUUUCACUUAUGCUCGUAUGUCUAUCACCGAUUCCCACAUUAAACACACCCCUCCCUGGUAAUCUUUGCUCUUCUUUUGGUCGAUAGUGUAUCGAAACGUCCCAAGACAAUGAAGCAAAUUGCACAUAACAUAUGGUACUGCCGCCGAGCAUAAUAAUCGCUAUUCUUGUUGCUCCAAUCCUAAAGUGAAUCCUAUGUAUGUACAUAUUGCGCACUGACUUUCAGUCGAUCAAAUGCUUAUUCGCUGUGGUUUAGUGCUCAGGGUGUGGUUCGCCCCUUGGUAGUGAAUGCACCAAAGGCACUUCUUUAUAUAUUGGAUAUUUCACCAAAGGAUUAUAUUAUUUCCCGAUGAAUUUUCUUCAGAUAUUGAAAUUUUCCCAGAUAUCCAGAGCGUAAGAAAAAUGCGAAAUGGAAAUUUUCCAGUUAUGUAAAACUCAUACCAAUCGAGCGGGAAGGGAACGUUGUGAGCCGAGGCUAGGGCAGCGAUGUACAUCACUUGUGGGGCUACAGCUGAUCUUGGGUUUACAUCAUGACAUCGUAUGCAUUUAGAUGCAAAUUUGGGAACACUAUGCAACACCACAUAUGUACCUACUGUGAA